AAAAAGAUAACUUUUCAAUUAAUAAAGCCUCCGAAAGCGAAAACCCAGAAAAAAAAAAGAUAAUUCUGAUUAGAGCGAUUGUCAAAAGUGUUUGGUUUUGAGGUCGAUCGAUCGCUCAACAAUGGCGGAUACGAUUUCGAACCCUAGAACGGAACCCUCGUUCUUCUCUGUAGAUCCGAUGUCUCUCAUUCUCUCUCAGAACUCCGAUUCUCACGAGCUUAAGCUUCUCGUUGAUGAUUUCUGCGGCUUCGAGAGAGGACCCAGGUACGGAGAAUACUCGCGAUUGCGAGAAGCGAAGCUUCGAGUGAAGCGAGACUUCGAGAAGUUCCUAUCGGAGGAAGAUGAGAGGUUUUUCGGCGGAGAUGGGCCGAAGAAGAAGAUGAAACAUGUGAGGUUCGAGGACGAAAUUGUAGUUUCACAGGAACAAGAGGAUAGGGUUUCGCCGGAGAGGAAAAGACCGGGGAGACUUGGGGGUAAGACGGUGACGAAUCAGCGGAAAUCGUCGGUAUUGGCCCAAUCGGUUCCUGAUUUCUCUGCGGUGAUUCGGAAGGAGAACCGGAGGCCGGCGACGAACCCUAACGCGCUUCCUCGUCAUUUAGAACUCACGCCGCCGGCGCCGUCAUCGAAGAUCAGAAACACCGCCGGCUUGGGCUCGGCGUCGGCGAGAGGGAGCAAAUCGGCGAGUGCAGGGGAGAAGAAGAGUAGAGUGAUGGGAAUGGCGGCACGCAAAAGCUACGCGUCUAUCGAAGAUCUGAAGAAGAUCUCCAGGGCGGCGGCUCCCGCCAUUAAUGGCCACGGAGGUGGGAGGAAAGCGGUCGGGGGAGGGCGGACCAUUCUGGGUUACAGACAACUCUACUGAUGCUUGCUGUGUCUCUGGUCUCUCUUCCUUUCACCUUCUUGGAACAAGAUUUGGUCUUUUCUUGUUGGCUCUACGUUCUUACCUUUUGUUUUCUGUGUUUGAUUGAAGAAGAUUGAUUCUUUUGUUCUUUUUCCUCUUCUGGGUUUGAUUGAUGGAGAUUUACUGGUGAUGGGUUUGUAUAAAUCUCGAACAAAUAACGAAUUUACGUGUAUAAAGGUGAGAGCUUUUCGAUUA